AUGCUGGUCGCCGUCGCCAGCGCUCCCCGCGCCUCGCCGCUGCCCACCAGACCGCACAAGACCUGGUCCUUCCUGGGCCUCCCCGGCUGCGACACCCCGCCGCCCGAGGACCUGCUGAGGCAAUUCUUCCACACCCAGCACGGCGCCGCCAACCCCUACACGGCCGACGGACAGGAAGAAGAAGAUGAAGAAUCCGACCUCUCCAGCCUGCAAGACGACGGCUUCUCCUCCGCCUCCAGCGACGAGGAAGUCGAAUUAGAAAAGCCGCGCCGCAUCUCAAUCGAAGCCCAGCUGUUCCCCGCGCCUCUCCCGAUCCCGACGCUCACGCUGAAAUCCAACCGCACGCCGCCGCCGCCGCCGUCGCAGCAGCCACCCCCAGCAGCACCCCCAGCAGCAGCAGUAGCACCAUCAUCAUCAGCACUCUCCGCCGCCGCCGCCGCCAGCUCAUCUCUGAUGAUCAACAGCCAACGCCGCCGCAGCAGCACCAGCACCAACGGCGACCACCACCCGCACUUCCUCCACCCCACCAUCCCCAUCCCUGUCGAUCACCAGCUCAUGCGGGCCCUCGCCCACCGGCACCAUCGGCGCCGGUCCCGCCGCCGCCAGCCUUCGCUCGUCGGCCAGUCGACGGCGCUCACGGGCCCGACCCAGCCGCUUCCUCACCCGGCUCGGCCGUCGUGGCAGCAGCUGCAGCAGCAGCAGCAGCGGCGGCGGCGGGAGUUUGCUCACGGUGUCGACAACCACUACUACUAG